UGCGGCGGGGCUGCAGGAAGCUGCCGCGGGGCGUCGGGGCGGCGUCGGGGCGACUGUGAGCUCGGCGGCUGUAAGCCAAAUGACCACCAUGUUUGACUCUGGACUAGUAGGUGAGGAACAGAACAUGACAGAAACAGAUGCCUUCCACGGGAGCGAAGUGAUGGAUCCAGAAGAAAAGUACAAAAUGAACCACAAGAGGCGAGGUGUCGCUUUGAUCUUCAACCACGAGCGGUUCUACUGGUACCUUGGCAUGCCUGACCGCCGGGGCACCUGCGCAGACCGGGAGAAUCUCCGUCGCAGGCUUCUGGAACUAGGUUUUGAGGUGAAAUGCUAUGACGACCUCAGCGCGGAAGAAGUACUGCGCAAAAUGUAUGAUGAAUCAACCGCCAGCCACCUGGACGCCGACUGUUUUCUCUGUGUUUUUCUGACCCACGGCGAAGGCAAUCACAUUUAUGCCUACAACGCUAAGGUGGAAAUUCCCACACUGACGGACUUUUUCAAAGGCGACAAGUGUCAGAGCCUGGUGGGCAAGCCCAAGAUCUUCAUCAUUCAGGCCUGUCGCGGUGACAAGCACGAUGUGCCUGUCAAGCCUGUGGAUGAGGUGGAUGCAACCCGCCUGCCUGACAGCAACGAGACCCAGGUGGAUGCGGCGUCUGUGCACACACUGCCUGCUGGGGCCGACUUCCUCAUGUGCUACUCGGUGGCCGAAGGGUAUUUCUCACACCGGGAUACUCUGUACGGCUCUUGGUACAUCCAGGAUCUGUGUGAGUUGCUGGCAAGAUAUGGCACGUCCCUGGAGUUCACGGAGCUGCUCACACUGGUCAACAGGAGGGUGUCCCGGCGCCGAGUGGACAUCAGCAGAGAUCCGAGCGCCAUCGGCAAGAAGCAGAUUCCCUGCUUUGCCUCCAUGCUCACCAAGAAGCUGUGCUUCCUCCCCAAGCCCCAGUGAGGCUGCGGCUUCAUUUUUACCGUUUGUCUGCAGAAUGAGUUCUCAUUCAUCUCUUACUUACCAUGAGGGUUAAAUGUAUGGUACAGAAGCUUAAAUCACUGUGAAAGGGGUUUUUUGGCUAAGAUUGACGAACAUUUGUAAUGCUUGAUUUUUUAAUAGUAAAUCACAAGGUUAC